AUGCGCCUAAAAAUUAAAUACAGAGAAAGUGUACAUGAAAUUGAAUUGAAUGAAGAAGAUACAAUUGAAGAUCUUCAAGCAGCUAUUAUGUCUGUUUUAGAUGUUAAUAAUUUUGAAAUAAAACAUAAAUUUCCUCCACGGAAAAUCGAUAUUUCUGAUUCUGAUAAGACUUUGAAAUUCUUUGACAUCCGUGAUGCAGAAGUCCUUAUAAUUAAAGACAUCGAAACUUCUUCAUUUUUUUCACCUAAAAAAAGUCAAAAUUUUAAUCAAAAAAGUACAUUUCCAGCGGAAUUAGCACAAACACAUGUUUCUGAAUCCUCAUAUGAUAUAUUUUCCCCACCAGAGAUUGAGCUUGCACAUGGAGACGAAAAAGUAGUUCUUAGAGUUAUGGAGAAUGACAAUUCAUGUUUGUUUCGUGCAGUAGGAUAUUUAAUUAUGGGAAAAAUGGAUACAGCAAAUGAAUUACGGUCAUUAGUUGCACAAGCAAUUCAAAAUGAUCCAAUAACAUAUUCAGAUGUAAUUCUUGGACGUUCAAGGGACGAAUAUUGUAAAUGGAUUAAUAAGACUAACAGUUGGGGUGGAGCAAUUGAAAUAUCAAUUCUCGCUAACCAUUUUGAUAUUGAGAUAUGUUCAAUAGAUGUUGCUACAGGAAGAGCUGAUCGUUUUGGAGAAGGAAGGCCUAUGUGUGGGUUCAUUGUGUAUUCAGGGAUUCAUUACGAUGCUAUCGCGUUAACACCAAGAUCAGGUGCGUCGCCUGACUUUGAUACAACAAUAUUUUCAGUUGAGGACUUAGAUGUAAAGAAUGCUAUUUUUAAGCUUACGGAUCAUUUACGAAAAAUCCAUUAUUAUACAGAUACAACAAAUUUCUUAUUAAAAUGUAAAGACUGUCAUAUGAGUCUUCGUGGAAAAAAGGAUGCAUUAGAACAUGUUAAGACAACAGGACAUGUAAAUUUUGAUGAAUAUUAA